CUUCAGGGGGCGUAAGGGGGAGGGCACUAUCAAGCCGGGGGCCGGCCGGUGAGAGAACGUCGCUGGAGGAUUGGUUGGGCUCUGCAGGGCAUCCCAACGUCACAUACUAUUGGCCCAGGGCUCGGAGACGUGAGCGUCGAUUGGCAGAACGGCAGAGACCAGAUGGGCGAUGAUUGGGCUCAUUCGCCAUCGGCGCGGCAGCCGACGAGGAAGGUGGGAGGGGCGUUGCUGAGGGUGAUUGGGGGCGAGAGCGAGGCUGCGGAGCAGGCGAGAGGAGACGGCGGGAGCUAGAGAGGGCGCAGCGCUAGGGUGGCCGCGCGAGGGGAGCUGCGACCCGGGCCCGGGCCCGGGGGCUGCGAGACGGCUGAGGCGGCCCAGGGUCUUGCCGCCGUCAUGACUGAGGAGUCAGAGGAAACAGUCCUAUAUAUUGAGCACCGCUAUGUCUGCUCUGAGUGCAACCAGCUGUAUGGAUCCCUGGAGGAGGUGCUCAUGCAUCAGAACUCCCACGUGCCCCAGCAGCACUUUGAGCUGGUGGGUGUGGCCGACCCUGGAGUCACUGUGGCCACAGAGGCAGCUUCUGGCACGGGCCUCUAUCAGACCCUAGUGCAGGAGAGCCAGUACCAGUGCCUGGAGUGUGGGCAGCUGCUGAUGUCACCCAGCCAGCUCCUGGAACACCAGGAGCUGCACCUGAAGAUGAUGGCGCCCCAGGAGGCAGCGCCAGCUGAGCCACCACCCAAGGUGCCCCCCCUGAGCGCCAGUACCAUCCACUAUGAGUGUGUGGAUUGCAAGGCUCUCUUCGCCAGCCAGGAGCUCUGGCUGAACCACCGACAGACGCACCUCAGGGCCACUCCCACCAAGCCUCCAGCUCCAGUUGUCCUGGGAUCCCCAGUUGUCUUGGGGUCCCCCGUGGGCCAGGCCCGCGUGGCUGUGGAGCACUCAUACCGCAAGGCGGAAGAGGGUGGGGAAGGGGCGGCUGUCCCCUCUGCCGCUGCCACCACCGAGGUGGUGACUGAGGUGGAGCUGCUCCUCUACAAGUGUUCUGAGUGCUCGCAGCUCUUUCAGCUGCCAGGCGACUUCCUGGAGCAUCAGGCCACCCACUUCCCGGCUCCCGCCCCAGAGUCUGAGGAGCCUGCCUUGCAGCAGGAGACUCUGACCCCGUCACCUGCAGAGGUACCUGUGUCUCAGCCUGACCCCCUGCCAUCCUCUGACCACAGUUAUGAGCUGCGCAACGGUGAAGCCAUUGGACGCGAUCGCCGGGGGCGCAGGGCACGGAGGAACAACAGUGGAGAGCCAGGUGGGGCAGCCACCCAGGAGCUCUUCUGCUCAGCCUGUGACCAGCUCUUUCUUUCACCUCACCAGCUGCAGCAGCACCUGCGGAGUCACCGGGAGGGUGUCUUUAAGUGCCCCCUGUGCAGUCGUGUCUUCCCCAGCCCUUCCAGUCUGGACCAGCACCUUGGAGACCACAGCAGCGAGUCUCAUUUCCUGUGCGUGGACUGUGGCCUGGCCUUUGGCACAGAGGCCCUCCUCCUGGCCCACCGGCGAGCCCACACCCCAAAUCCUCUGCAUUCGUGUCCAUGUGGAAAGACCUUUGUCAACCUCACCAAGUUCCUUUAUCACCGGCGUACCCAUGGGGUUGGGGGUGUCCCCCUGCCCACAACACCAGUCCCACCGGAGGAGCCUGUCAUUGGCUUCCCUGAGCCGGCCCCAGCAGAGACUGGAGAGCCAGAGGCCCCGGAGCCCCCCGCUGCUGAGGAGAGCCCAGCAGGGCCCGCUGCCCCAGGAACCUACCGCUGCCUCCUGUGCAGCCGCGAAUUUGGCAAGGCGUUGCAACUGACACGGCACCAGCGUUUUGUGCACCGGCUGGAACGGCGCCAUAAGUGUAGCAUCUGCGGCAAGAUGUUCAAGAAGAAGUCUCAUGUGCGUAAUCACCUGCGCACACACACAGGUGAACGGCCCUUCCCCUGCCCGGACUGCUCCAAGCCCUUCAACUCGCCCGCCAACCUGGCCCGCCACCGGCUCACGCACACAGGGGAGCGGCCCUACCGGUGUGGGGACUGUGGCAAGGCAUUCACACAGAGCUCCACCCUGAGGCAGCACCGCCUGGUGCAUGCCCAGCACUUCCCCUACCGCUGCCAGGAGUGCGGAGUGCGUUUUCACCGCCCCUACCGCCUGCUCAUGCACCGCUACCACCACACGGGCGAGUACCCCUACAAGUGUCGCGAGUGUCCCCGCUCCUUCUUGCUCCGCCGGCUGCUGGAGGUUCACCAGCUCGUGGCCCAUGCUGGGCGCCAGCCCCACCGCUGCUCAUCCUGUGGUGCUGCCUUCCCUUCCUCACUGCGGCUGCAUGAGCACCGCUGUGCAGCUGCCGCUGCCCAGGCCCCACGGCGCUUCGAGUGUGGCACCUGCGGCAAGAAAGUAGGCUCGGCUGCUCGGCUGCAGGCCCACGAGGCAGCCCACGCAGCUGCUGGCCCUGGGGAGGUCCUGGCUAAGGAGCCUCCGGCCCCUCGGGCCCCACGGGCUGCUCGCACACCAGUGGCCUCCCCAACGACCCUUGGAGGCAUGGCCCCUGCAGCCCCUGCGGCCCCUGCCCGACGCCGUGGCCUGGAGUGCAGCGAAUGCAAGAAGCUGUUCAGCACGGAAACGUCACUGCAGGUACACCGGCGCAUCCACACAGGCGAGCGGCCAUACCCGUGUCCAGACUGUGGCAAGGCCUUCCGUCAGAGUACCCACCUGAAGGACCACCGCCGCCUGCACACAGGUGAGCGGCCGUUCGCCUGUGAAGUGUGUGGUAAAGCCUUUGCCAUCUCCAUGCGCCUGGCAGAACAUCGCCGCAUUCACACGGGCGAGCGGCCCUACUCCUGCCCCGAUUGUGGCAAGAGCUACCGCUCCUUCUCCAACCUAUGGAAGCACCGCAAGACCCACCAGCAGCAGCAUCAGGCAGCUGUGCGGCAGCAGCUGGCAGAGGCAGAGGCUGCUGUCGGCCUGGCUGUGAUGGAGACUGCAGUGGAAGCUCUGCCCCUGGUGGAGGCCAUUGAGAUCUACCCUCUGGCUGAAGCUGAGGGGGUCCAGAUCAGUGGCUGACCCUGCCUCAUGUCCCUCUUCAGCACCACCAUGCCCUCUUGCUGAAGAACUUUCUCUACCAUCCCCUUAAGUCUCUGUACAUACUGUGCCCCUUUUCCACCCCUCUCAACUGCCAUGUAAGUUCUAUAACUGGAUUUAUUCUCUCUUCCGAGGGGGGUGCUCUAGGGUCCUUGACGUGCAUAAAGGUGCCCCCCGCCCCCCCCACACACACCUGUUAGCACUGGUGGCCCCAAGGUGAAAUGGUCAAUAAAGACUGAGUUGGACAUUUA